AUUCAUCGCGUGUCAUGCGUUAUUGCCUUUAUGGGGCAAGUGCAAUUGUCAUAUCUGAAAUAGCCUAUCAUUCCUAUUUCUGGCUGAAAAAUCAAAUUAGCAAAUAUGCCACUUCGAAAGAAAUCAUGGAAGUUAUAUGGACCAAUGAGUUGACACAAUCGUGUGUUAGUAAACAUCGUCGUUUCACCACAGCAUCGAGCUCUGGUACGGUUUCCACAUCGUCGGGAUCACCAACAAUGACCGAGUUAAAUCGUAUCGUAAAAUUACCAUCACCAAAAAAAUCCCAAUUGUCGGAAUGUUCGAAUCCUUUUUGUGCCGCCUACAAUGUCGGUCGUCUAUUGGAAUUUAUCGAUUCCGCGAAAUAUUCCCUGGAUUUGGCCAUGUACACAUUUACAUCGUACGAUUUGGCACAGGCCUUCAGUCGCGCUCUUAAACGUGGUGUUCUCAUUCGCAUAAUAUCGGAUCAUGAAAUGGCCUAUUCGAGUGGUUCACAAAUUAUUCCGCUGACCAAAGCAGGUGUUCCCAUUCGCUGCAAUAGCAACACAAUGUUCAUGCAUCAUAAAUUCUGUAUCAUCGAUUCGCCGCAGCGUAUCGAUGCCAUUUUUAAAAAGCAAAAUAAUAAAUCCGCCGCCAAAAGAUGCCAUACAAGGGGACUGGUUUUGACCGGCUCCCUCAAUUGGACUAUGCAAGGAUUCGGUGGUAAUUGGGAGAAUAUUUUAAUUACCUCCAAUGCCGAAUGUGUUCGCACCUAUGCCGAAGAAUUUGAACGUAUGUGGAAUGCUUUCAAUUUUGAUAUGAAAAGUGCUGCUGCUUCGGCGUCAACAUCAGCAGCAGCGGCUGCCGUUGCCUCACCCAAGUAG